AAAUCCUGGACCCAUGAAUAUCCAGUUUGAGUCAUCAGACCUAAGAUCCAAAAGGCACUCAGCAUCUCGAUGAAAAGUGUUGGAAAAGAAAAACUUUCAGAGUCAUUCUGCUCUCAGAGUACCCAAGCCAACUCAACUGGUACAGUUAACGCUUCUUGAGAAGUGAAUGCCUUGCCUUGGUACAUCCCAUGUCUAAUGGAGGACAAGAAGUUAUUUUCUUCAAUGGCUGACUUCCAGAAUUUCUGGCUGAACAUUCUUUGUCAAGUGUAUAUUCCCUUCUCUAGGCCUUUCUAUAUAGAGCCCACAAACAUCGUCAAUGUGAAUGAUGUCAUUCAGAGGGUUAGCGACCAUGCCUCUGCCAUGAACAAGAGGAUUCAUUACUACAGCCGGCUCACCGCUCCUGCAGACAAGGCACUGAUUGCCCCAGAUCAUGUAGUUCCAGCGCCGGAAGAGUGCUAUGUGUAUAGUCCUUUGGGUUCUGCUUAUAAACUUCAAAGUUACACUGAAGGAUACGGUAAAAACACCAGUUUAGUAACCAUUUUUAUGAUUUGGAAUACCAUGAUGGGAACAUCUAUACUAAGUAUUCCUUGGGGCAUAAAACAGGCUGGAUUUACAACUGGAAUGUGUAUCAUCAUGCUGAUGGGCCUUUUAACACUUUAUUGCUGCUACCGAGUAGUGAAAUCACGGGCUAUGAUAUCAUCAGUGGAUACCACUACCUGGGAAUAUCCAGAUGUCUGCAGACAUUAUUUUGGCUCCUUUGGGCAGUGGUCAAGUCUCCUUUUCUCCUUGGUGUCUCUCAUUGGAGCUAUGAUAGUUUAUUGGGUGCUUAUGUCUAAUUUUCUUUUUAAUACUGGAAAGUUUAUUUUUAAUUUUAUUCAUCACAUUAAUGACACAGACACUAUACUGAGUACCAAUGAUAGCAACCCUGUGAUUUGUCCAAGUGCCGGGAGUAGUGACCAUCCUGACAAUGGCUCCAUGAUUUUCUACGCCAGUGACACAGGACUCCAGCAGUUUGAAAAGUGGUGGAAUAAGUCCAAGACAGUGCCUUUUUACCUCAUAGGGCUCCUCCUGCCACUGCUCAAUUUCAAAUCUCCUUCAUUUUUUUCAAAAUUUAAUAUCCUAGGCACAGUGUCCGUUCUCUAUUUGAUUUUCCUCGUCACCUUUAAGGCUAUUCACUUGGGAUUUCAUUUGGAAUUUCACUGGUUUAUGCCAACAGAAUUUUUUGUACCAGAGAUAAGAUUUCAGUUUCCACAGCUGACUGGAGUACUUACCCUUGCUUUCUUUAUUCAUAAUUGUAUUAUCACACUCUUGAAGAACAACAAGAACCAAGAAAACAAUGUGAGGGACUUGUCCAUUGCUUAUAUGCUGGUGACAUUAACUUAUCUGUAUAUUGGAGUCCUGGUUUUUGCUUCGUUUCCUUCACCACCAUUAUCCAAAGAUUGUAUAGAGCAGAAUUUUUUAGACAACUUCCCCAGCAGUGACAUCCUGUCCUUCAUUGCAAGGAUAUUCCUGCUGUUCCAGAUGAUGACUGUGUACCCACUGCUAGGCUACUUGGCUCGUGUCCAGCUAUUGGGCCAUAUCUUCGGUGACAUUUAUCCUAGCAUUCUGCACGUGCUGGUUCUUAAUCUCAUUAUUGUGGGAGCUGGAGUGAUCAUGGCCUGUUUCUACCCAAACAUAGGAGGAAUCAUAAGAUAUUCAGGAGCAGCAUGUGGCCUGGCCUUUGUAUUCAUAUAUCCAUCUCUCAUCUAUAUCAUUUCCCUCUACCAAGAAGAGCGUCUGACGUGGCCUAAAUUAAUCUUUCACGUUUUCAUCAUCAUUUUGGGCCUGGCUAACCUGAUUGUUCAGUUUUUUAUGUGAAAUACUCAACUGUCUUCUCAAGAUCUUUCAUGGUAUUUUGAACUUUGACAACAGUUCCAUUUAAAUUCACUUGUAAGUGCUGUUCUUGCUGUAACUCUAAAUGUUUUCCUAAGAUAAUUUGAAAACAAGGGAAUAGUGGUUCAUUAAUAAGUAAAUUUGAUUAGAGUGACGAGAGAGGCAAUAAUAAUGUUAGUCUCUUUACCUUUUUCAUUUUCACUUGCCUCUUCAUUCUCGUCUUUCCUGAGUAGAAAUAUAUGCUCUUAGGAAAAAUCACGCUGGGUUUUGCUUUUAGAGAUAUAAGGUGGGUGGGCUUAUUUUAGCUACAAUAAAGAUUCUCAGGGUGUCAGAGCAAUGUAUUGCCAGAUCCUAUUUCUGUUUUAUGUUUCAGAAUAUUCAGUUUCAUUUUGUUACUUGCUAGACCAUUUUUUGCAGUUUGCCCAAACCUGUACUGUUUGGGAUAGUAAACCAAAUACCUCAUUUUUAAAAAGAAGUCUCCAGUGUUUAUAGAGUGAAUUCUUACCUGAGUCCUUAAUCUCUAUUUUUAAAAAAGAAAAGAAAAGAAAAAAAUGUGAGUACAGGCCCCAUGGUCAUGAAACUUAGGCAAAAUAAAUGAACUAGGACAGCUUGUUGCUGUCAGACUCCUUUUGUUUCUAAUCUAGUACCAGUGACUUAGGUCAAAAUUAUAGGUUCCGCAGACAUAUUUUUGCAUAGGAAUAAGUAUGAUUAUCCCCGUAGGUCCAGAGGGGUUCUUUUGCUAUUUGGGUCCCUGAGCAUUGCAUAGGAUGUCAUGACAGGACCAAUGGGGAAGAGUGUAGGAAGCAUAACAGAGAGGCAUACAUGAGGCCCUACAGGGGAUAAAGGGAAUGGAGAAGUGGCCUCCCUUCCAGUGUAUUCUCUGGGAGUGAAAGUGGUUUCUUCACCACAGGAAAGAAUUAAUUUUGUUUGAGGUAUGACUUCCAGAAGGAGACCGCCCCCCUUACUUCUGUAAAUAGAAGGAUAGAGGUUAAAUCCCCAUAAGAAAAACUCCUUGGAUCUGAGAAAAGGAUUAGGGAAUCUGAAUUCUUGGAGUUAACACUGUCCUCUUUCUUUAAAGCUGAAAACUAAACUGGAAUCCAAAUCCAUGUCUUCCAUGUAAUACAGCCUCUGUGUUCAGCUGGAAAAGUUAGAUUUCUCCAAUUUUAAGCUAACAUUAAACAUUACACAUCCCACAUCCCAGGAUAGGGUGUGGAUUUGUGUUCUUUCUUUCCUCUGAGAAAGACAGGUGAAAUGAUUUUUUUGAACCUAGUAAAGAGUGCCAGAUUCGAGACCAGCUGUAAUUUCUUUCAGCAAAGCUUUCUGUCCAGUCCAUAGACUCAUUGCUAUAUUGAUGAACUAUAUUUCCUAAAGCUCUUUUCUAAAAAGUCUCAUGAAAAUUCUCAAGCAUACACAAAAGUAGAGAAAAUAAUAUGAUAAACCCCCCAUAUACCUAUGCCCUAAAUUUAGUAAUUUUAAGACUUUGCUGCAUUUGCAUCACCUGUCCCCUUUUUAUCCUUUUCCACUGAAAUAUUUUAAAGCCAAUCUUGGAUGUCAUGUCCUUUCAUCUCUAAAAACUUUAAUAUGCACUGAUAGCCUUUUGAACUUAGUUAUAUUUAUUGAUGGAGACAGUCUUGAAAGUUUUUGUUAGCAGAAACUACUGGUAUAAGUUAGGUUAAUUGGAAAAUUCUGCGUUAGGUGUGUGGAUCCCUGUGUUAACCUCUCUUAGCACGGGAGUAUAAUGCAUGAAGAAAGUGUUUCUCUGUGCUUGGGACCCCUGCAUCUUAUGACUUCAGAGUUCUAUUCAGUCAGAGACAUAGGAAUCAAAAGUUAGACAGCUCCUUGAGAGAUCUAGGCUUAAUCCCUGUGUAUCCCUGGUUGCCUCCAUUGUCUUUCAAAACUUCAGAGAGAGUUUUCAUUGCCUCUUUUCAAUAAUGUACUUGAAUGGUUUAACACAUGGAAAAGUGAUUUGAUGUAUUUUUCUGCAUUUAAUGAUCAAGGUAAAUAUGACAACAAACGCAUUAUUUACUAAACUGUAAAGUAACGUGGAUGUUUGCUGUUUGUUUUCUUUAAAAGACUUGAUAAUUUAGAACUUCCAAAAUCCUACGUUAAACUUAUGCUGAGUGACCUUGUGUUCUUAAGUUUCUUUUCACAAAACUGACUCCUUUGGACUCUUAUUUGGCUCGGCCAGAAAACUGUGUGUGUGAGUGUGUAUGUCCUGCCUCAGACUUUAGAAUGAUGAGAGAUGAACUCAUUCAGAUCCCAUUACAAUUAAUUUUAGACUUUCUCGACCGUCAUCUCUUUGAAUUUUCUUUAAGUUUAUUUCACUUUUUGCUGUAAUGUGGUUAACCUUAGUUUCUUUGAAUUUAGCUCAUUUAACACACAACUGAAGACAUUAUAAAAUUUAAAAUAGCUUAUUUAGAGAAGACUUCCUUAGAAAGGCUCUGGAUGAAUAUAUGGUCUGCUAAUACUAAACCAUAAAGGACAAAAAAAUGCCCUUUGACAUUUGACACCUGUGGACGAUCAUCCAAAAUGAGUUUUGUCAUCACACCCAAAAAAUAUAUUGGAGUAAGGAAUAAAUUUACACACAGAAAGGGAAUAAAGGGAAAUAUUCACUUUAUUUACAUGAAGUAUAUUUUGCAAAUACAGUCAUGUGUCACUUGAUGACAGAGAUACCCUCUGAGAAAUGUCUUGUUAGGUAAUUUCAUCAGUGUGAACAUCAUAGAGUGUACUUACACAAACCUAGAUGCUACAGCCUACUACACACCUAGGCUACAUGGUACUAAUCUUAUGAGACCACCGUUGUAGAUGCAGUCUGUCGUGGACCAAAAUGUCAUUAAGCAGUGCAUAACUAUACAAUACAGCUACUAGAUGUAGAUGUGGAAGAGUUUUCUGUUUCUACUUGGAGUUCAUUAUGAGAAUUUUUGAUCUGUAUUUUGACUUAUUCAUCUCCAUAAAUAAUUGACUAAACUACAGUUUUCAGUGCUUUGGAAGAGACAAAGAUGUAUAAGACAUCAUUAGUAUCCUAAAGGAACUUUUAGUCUAGUAAAGGAUCUGUGCACAUAGUUAACUAUAAUGCAAGGGACUAUUAGAGAGAAACAGAUCCCUUCCAGUUGGGUGCUCAGGGAGGGCAGGUAUAGGAAGCUGAGUGGAAAAGCAACAAGGACCCGUUUUCAGGCUUCUCCUAAUAACUGUCCAAAAGUUUAGAUAUUUGAUACAUUCAUCAUCAAAUGGGAUCAUAUAAAGUGUAAUUGCUUUUACUUUGGCAAAUUUUCUGUAAGAUAAGUUUUGUGAGAAAUGUUUAACUGCUUCUGUAUAACGUUUAUUGUUUUUAACACUGCACUCUUCACUUCUGUGAAUCUAGGACAGCAAAGCACGAUUGAUCAAUAAGGGAAAUAAUUAGUAACACAUUGAGCAGUACAAAAAGAAAGAUUUUACAAAACUUUCUCUCCGUAAACUUGGCUUAUUUAAAUAUCAGUAUUCAAAAUGUCAAAUGUUUGAGCUCAUUGAUAAGAGCACAAAAUAUUGAUGCUGCAUGUUUUCUUUACAAGCACUAACCUAUUGCUUUUUAGAAUCUAGUGGUGGUGAUUUGUUUUCUCAUCCCAAUUUGAAUGUCUGAAACAAAACACAAAUCUAGUUGACACCUAAACAAUAGAACGUUACAUUAGUUUUUGAUCCAGAGUGAAAUGCGCAGAAGGCGGCCUGGCUGACCCCAGUUUCACAGUCGACUGCCGACUUCACUUCAGAUUAUGUAAACACAUAUUGCAAAACAGUUCUGACGGGAACCUCAUAACCUAAACAGUAUUCUCUGAAAUGUAAUUUGUUGUCUUUUUAUAUAAAAGAAUUAAAUCAAAAUUAUUUUGAAGAAAAACAACUCUGGGAUUUUGUUUUGGGAUUUUGUUUAAUUGAAUUUUGCCAGGAAAUGCUAUUGCCUAGUACCACUGACCCCAGGGCAAAAAGAAGCUGGAGUCCCUCUUUUGCAGGGUCAAACUUCUCAAGUGACUUUGCGUGUGUCACAUCAAGUCACUCAAGUGACUGAUGCCUCUGUUACAUCAGGCCGCAAGGAGCCCUCCCUAGUGUUCUGACCCUAGAGAAAGGUGUGUGCUACUUUAUGUUAACUGAAACCUAAAAUGAGCAUCCAUUUCAGACAGUAAACUGUUGUGACCUCACCCUCCAAGAACAUUUCAGAAUGAGUGUGACUUCAGAUAAGUGCAGCCCAGUUUCUGGCAAAGAGCUUGGUGUCAUAAUCUUCCAGAGCCAUUUAAGGCAAUAAAGAGCUCUAAUUUUCUGCCUUCCCUAAGUAAAAUUCCUUUUUUUCCCUAAUGUCUUUAUUCUAUAUUUCGCAACUCUUCUACAAAGGUUUUUAAAAAGGCUAUGUCUUUUUAAAAGAUUAAAAACAACUCUGUUCUUCUUGUUCAUCUCAGGCCAAAAGUACAGGACUGAGGUAGGAUUAGAAAGUGCACACUCUCUCCAGAUUUUUCCUCCCUCAACACUCUCUUGAUCCCACGUUAUCCAGUUAUGUUUGGUCAUAGCAGGCACUUAAUAUACUCUUGUUUUUGUAAUCAAUUAAUGAUUAAUCAAUAAUCAAUUAAUUAAUGAGGCAGGAUUCUUCUUUAAUGGAAAACAGUAAGUUAAUUGUUAUUUUCUAAGAUUUUGUUCCAUACUUCCCCCCCGCAAAAAAAAAUCAAAACAAAAUUGGGCCGGUCAGGUUCAGGAUUAGUCCUUCAGUCACUAUUUAGGUCCUUACCAUAUGACAGACCCUGUGCCACAGAGCACACAGUGGUGAACAAGCUGGAUGAGGCCCUGACAGCUUAGCAUCCUUUGCCCCGCCUCCUGAGCACCAGCAGCUGGUCAUUUUCCCUACGUGCUACUGAGGUGCCUGGCUUUGACCCUUUCCUGCUAUCCUGUCUCUGCUGAAUGCUGUGAGGAAGCCACAUCAUACACAUUUAGAAGAGAUAAGCAUAGGAUAGUGGUGCGAUAAAGGCAACUUUGUGAAGUGAACCAUGUUUAUCAAGAUAAAACUUUUUAAAAUCCUAAGAUAACUAUAAUCACAUAAAAUUCUGUGGACGUGGACAAAAACUGGAAGGGGCCAAAAGGAGAGUGAACCUGGGUGACCUGUUGAGGUGAUGGGAUUCUAGGUGAAUCUUUUAUGUUGUUACUUUAUUAUUUGCACGACGUAUUUUCUAAAAGUAUGUCUAGUAUAAAUCAUGAAAAAGGAGGCUUAUAGAAAUAUAUCUACAUUCAACCCAUGGAGUAAAGGAGCAGCCUACAAAGAACCCUUGGAACAGGUGAGAGAGUUUGUUGAUUACAGGGGCAGAUCCAGGUUUUGGGGGUCUGAAGCUUAUAUAGUUUGGAGUUCUCUCUUAGAGAAAAACAUACAAAAUUAGGAAGGUGCCCAUACAAGUGAGGAGCCCUGACUUUAGCUUCUUUAGCUUUCAGGUAAUCAUCCACAAACCGCUCUGCAGGGCAGAGAUUUCGAAGGCUGAAAGAGGUGUCAUGAAGAAAAGUUUCAGGCACUCUGUGCCAAACUUUGAGUUUCUCUGCUACCUUUAAAAACUGCAACUUUUACCAGAUCUGAGCUUUUAUUUCUGGAAGAACCAAAUUAGAUUUAGCAGAAUAGCAUAGCGUACAAAUUCAGUAAUGGUUCGUUUGGGGUCAAAAUAGGACUUUUUUUUUUUUUAGAUUAGAGUUUUUACUUGGGGAUGGGUCUUGCAGGAUUGUUGGGGGUUUUUUUUCCUUUUAAUCUUUACAGAGAUAAAAAAGAGUUCAAGGAAUACUGUUUAAUUGUCAAAUAGCUAGUUGAUGAAUCUUAGGGACAAGGAACUUUUUAGAGACUCGAUGCAGAAAACCAGCUACCAAGAGUAACAUUAGAGUAAGACAAUAUUUAUUUAUUUAUACUCCAUCUCAUUCCAGAAAGGAUUGAUUUCUCUUACACUAAAGUCAAGUCAACUUUGAAGGAUUAAUUUGAAAAAUUUUUAGAGAAUAAAUUAGAAGUUUAUGACACUCCUUAAGGAAACGAAUCUAAAACGAUUCAAAUAAAUAAUUACUCCUCAGUGCCAUAUAAUUGCCCUUUAUUGUACAUAGAUACAGCCUAAUCCAAUGCAGUAAACUUUUACUGACUGUCCUAGAUUUGGAAAUUCAAAUAUAGAAUCAUUCUUCCCCGUGCUGCCAGAAUUCUCUUUAAUAUGACACUGAUUGUGUCCCUCCUCUGUAAAAUCCUUCGGUGUCCCAACAGAAAAAUCGGUAAGGGCCUUUGUAACAAACAACUUUCUGGAAACACUGCAAAUAAACAUGAAGAGGAAAAAAGUUUGGGGUCAAACUAUGAUCUAUGCUAAUGGAUGACCCCAAAAUUUUAUGUAAGGGAAAGACGAAAAAGCCUACAUAUUGUAUGGUUCCAUUUACAUGAAAUGUCUAGAAAGGGCAAAUUUAUAGGAAGGGAAAGCAAAACUGGUUGCCUAGGAUUGGGGGUGGGAGCAGGAAUUAACUGUAAAUGGGUAUGCGCAAUCUUUCUAGAGUGAUAGAAGUGUUCUAAAAGUGGAUGGUGGUAAUGGUUGCACAACUAUGUUAUUACUAAAAUGAUUGAAUUGUACACUGACAUUAGUUGAAUUUUAUGGUAUGUAAAUUAUCCCUCAAAGCUGUUAAAAAAAAGUUCAACCUCACUAGCAGAAAAGGGAAAGUAAUUUGAAAUGCUUUCUACUUGUCAAAUACUAAAAUAAUAAUAAUACUCUGACACAGAUGUGAAAAAAGGACACUCAUACACAAAUGGUAGGUGUAAAAUUGGGUGCAGACUUUCUGAAGGUAAUUUGGCCAUAGGCAUCAGAGUGAGCCUUUGACUCACUUUCAGAGGUAUAUCCUAAUGAAAUGAUUGGAUGGGUGUGGACAUACACACACGGAGAUGUUCUUCUCUUUACUAUUUGUAGUGGAACAUUAGAAACAACUAAAUAUCCAACACUAGGAGAUAAAUUAUGAAUAUCCAUCUAAUAGAAUACUGUGUAGCUAUUUAAAAUGAUGAUGCAGAUGUAUAUAUGUUUUGUCAAAAAGAUGUUUAUAAAUGUAAGUGAAGAAAGAUUACAAUUAAAUAUGUAUAGGAUUAAAAAUAUUUGUUUAUACAUAUAUAAAGGGCUGGAAGUUUAUGUAACAAAAAUGAACAUUAGGUAUCUCUGGGUGCUAGGACUAUUGGGUGUUUCUUUUUUAUUGUCUUUUAUUUGUCUGUAUUUUCUAAAGUUUUAAAGUGAAAUGUGUCAUGUUUUGUGAAAAAAAGCAAUAAAAUUUUUUCUUAAAAAAGAAAAUAUA